AUGGAACGGGCCCGGCGCGAGGCGGUCGUGUUCAAAGGCGACACGUGCCAGGGCGGCACGCUUCAGGGCGACACGCUCCAGGGCGACACGCUCCAGGGCGACACGCUCCAGGGCGGCGCACUCCAGGGCGACACGCCACAGGGCGAUACGCUCCAGGGCGAUACGCUCCAGGGCGGCGCACUCAAGGGCGACACGCCACGGGGCGACACGCUCCAGGGCGACACGCCGCAGGGCGACACGCUCCAGGGCGAUGCGCCACAGGGCGAUACCAUUGAAGGCAACGGCAUCCAGAGCGAUACCAUCUCAAGUCACACCAUGGGCGACACGCGCCAGGGCGAUACGCUCCAGGGCGAUACGCUCCAGGGCGACACGCUCCAGGGCGGCGCGCUCCAGGGCGGCGCGCUCCAGGGCGACACGCUCCAGAGCGACACGCUCCAGGGCGACACGCUCCAGGGCGAUACGCUCCAGGGCGACACGCUCCAGGGCGACACGCUCCAGGGCGAUACGCUCCAGGGCGCCGCGGUCCAGGGCGACACGCUCCAGGGCGACACGCUCCAGGGCGACGCGCUCCAGGGCGGCACAGUCCAGGGCGACACGCUCCAGGGCGACACGCUCCAGGGCGACACGCUCCAGGACGGCACGGUCCAGGGCGACACGCUCCAGGGCGACACGCUCCAGGGCGACACGCUCCAGGGCGGCGCGCUCCAGGGCGACACGCUCCAGGGCGACACGCUCCAGGGCGACUCGCCACAGGGCGAUACGGUCCAGGACGACACGCUCCAGGGCGAUACCAUUGAAGGCAACGGCAUCCAGAGCGAUACCAUCUCAAGUCACACCAUGGUCAUCUCGCCACGUCACUGCCCGGUGGUCAAGUGA